UGCUGCUGCUGGCCGUGUCAGUUCAGUCAGUCGCAGAGAAUUUCAUACAGGCCUGGUACAGAGAGAAAGAAGACACUUGCCACCACGUUGUUGUUAAGCUGCUCUGGUAAUAAUGGCCGAUUUAGAUGAUUUCUUCGCUAAAAAGGACCGCAAAAAGGGUAAGACGGUGAAAAAGUUUACCACGGCCGAGGAACUGGCCAAGAAGAUCGAAGACACGGCGAAGAAAGCGGAUGCCAAGAGGAAGCCAACCAUUCUCGGGGGAGCUGGUGCCGAUGGAACUGCAGCUGCUACGGCUGCUUCUGCUGCCGGAGGUGAUGGAACCGGUGCCGUCGAUCCUCCGGUGGCCAGCAAACCGGUCGAACCGGUGGUCGAGGAAGAGUGGAAGGAAUUCGAGGAGGAACGCAAGGAUUACAGUGGACUGAAGUUGGCCCAGCUAAAUAUUUUGAACCAGGACAGUAGAGAAAAUGCUUCGGGUGAGGACGGAAACGAAAUGGGAGGUGGCAACGAUGGCGAAAGUGGCGGUGGCAGUGGGGAUAAAACUGGUGCCGGGGCCUGGAAAAAACUGGACAGCUCAGCGUCAGGAGAUCGGCAACAGCACGAACAGCAACAACAGCCUCGCCCCGGCUCCAGCAUCCACAUGGGACUGGGCCUGGGACUGCGCAAUCGACCGACCAAGAAGACCGCCCCAGAUCUGAAGAACGAAGAGUUCUUCCCCACACUCGGUACCGAGGUGCCGGAUCCGAAGAUCAAGAAGGAUACCACCUUCGAAGAAGUGAAACACGGUGGCCGAGUCCGGCAGUCGGAUCUGCCGUCGGCUGCUCCGCUGUCUGUAGGUAAUCGAUUUACCUCCCUGAGCAAUGACGCCAGCUAGAGACUUCCGCCUCAGGGGGGCCACCACAAAACCAUUCUGAUUAUUAGAAUUUCACACUCUUGCAUCAUCGACUGGUCGUUGAAAUUGGCCAAUGAAAAAAAAAAAAAAAGAAAAUCUUCCUUGCGGCGCGAGCAACAACGAUCCACGUUUAGGCGCUUUCUAGGUUUUGUAUUGUUUUUUUUUUACUAUUUCUGAAACUAAAAAAUAUACAUAUGGCAAAUACUACAAUUCUGUAUUUUGUGCUCUACACAGACUGCUCAUUACUGACUAGGGGAAAAUAGACUCUUCUAAUUGCAACUCACUGUUAUUUAAAACCGUGGCAACUCAUGGCAGACGACUGACCAGGAUUAGUGGGCUGUUGGGGAACACGCUUGGACAUAGCAAAAACAGAAAAGAAAACAUCCAAAGAAAUUGGUUUUCUUUAUCGAACGCAUUUAUAGAAGAGGAGUUUUGCUCUUCAUUUUUUCAACUAUGAUUUGCCAGGCAGACAGCGGGAUUGGUUCUAGUUUGUUAGUCCGCGUGGUUUUUUGUUUUGUCCCUCUUUUCCAUAACAGUGUUUUAUUAUAAUUAAUCAACAAGAUCCAUUUGAAUAUUUGGUUGGUUCGUAAUGUAUUAAAAAUAGAAAUGAGAAAACAAAAAUAAACAACUUAUUACAAAUC